AUGGCGUCCACACGAGACAGGUCCUCCCUGUCGACCCUGGCCACCCCACGCCAAUUUCCAUCCAGCGGGUUCGAGCUAAUCGACCGAGCUGAAAAGGUGGAAGAGGAGAAAUUGCCGUUCUAUAAGCGCGAAGUAUACUAUCCCAUGAAGAUUGGUCAAGUCAUCCACGACUACUACCAAGUUGUCGCGAAGCUCGGGUAUGGAAGCAGCUCUACCGUGUGGCUGGCCCGCGACCUCAGGUCGCAGAAGUACUGGGCCUUGAAGGUGCACGUCAACGACUUGCCCGACCACAAUCAGGAGCUUCGGGUCUAUCAGCAUCUGGCAGGCGCUGACGUGACCACUGAUGGCGUAGACGAACAUCCAGGUUUGAAGCACAUUCGGACACUGGAAGAUUCGUUCAAGAUUCAAGGACCCCAUGGCGAACACGAAGUGUUCAUCAUGACACCGCUGGGCAUGAGCCUCAGGACUUUCCAGGACAUGCAGCAGGACAAGGUCUUCCCGAAGGUCUUCGUGACCAGCGCGCUCAAGCAGACGCUCUUCGGGGUUCAUUUUCUCCAUGAGGCAAACGUGAUACACACUGGCAAGUCGGCAGGUCUGACGGCGAGCGACUCUGUUCUUGCCAAGGUGGAGCAGAAUGAAGUCGAACGCCCAUCGCCGCGGAAGCAGACGGAUGAAGUGACCACUCAGGUAUCGCAGUAUGUUCUAGGAGGAGCCGGGCCACUGACCAUCUGUGACCUGGGCCAGGCCCGAAUCGGCGACGAGCACUCUGGUAACGCCAUGCCGUUGCCAUAUCGCGCCCCCGAGGUCAUCUUGGACAUGCCCUGGGGCUAUCGCGUCGAUAACUGGAGCGUGGGGCUCUUGGCGUGGGAUCUUCUCGAGCGAGAAAAUCUCUUCGCAGUGUACGACCACGAGUCGAAGGAGAAGAAUGACGCGUAUCACCUUGCAGCCAUGACUGCUCUGCUUGGCCCACCACCGGCCGAGUUUCUCAAGAGGAGCAAGGAGGCGGCCAAAUACUGGGAAGACGAUGGUCAGUGGAAGGGACUUGUACCCUUGCCCGAUAUAAGCUUUGAGCGUCUUGCGGGGACUCUUCGAGGAGAGGACAAGGGAGUGUUCAUCGACUUUGUGCAAGGCUUCCUAGCGUGGCUCCCCGAGGACAGACUGGACAUUCUGCAGGGUUGCAUGCAUUCGUGGCUACGAGGCGAAGCCCAGGCCCCCUCUGAUCAACAGUGA